CGGGUUGUGGCGGUGGCGGUGCUGGUGGUGGCGGCGGCGGGGACCGGACCCAGCGCAGCCCGGCGGCCCGCGGGUCGGUGCCUUGGAUGGUGAGCAGGAGGUGGCCCCACGAUGAGUUACUGGAGUCUGGAUAAGAAGAGCUGUCUGCAGUACUGCAGGCACUUCCUAGCGGACAACGGCGUGUUCCACGUUGAAAGAUGCAUGAGUGUCAUGCAGUCUGGGACUCAGAUGGUUAAGCUGAAGAGUGGAACCAAAGGGCUCGUCCGGCUCUUCUACCUGGACGAGCACAGGACCUGCAUCCGAUGGAGACCCUCCAGGAAAAGCGAGAAGGCAAAAAUUGUCAUCGACUCCAUUUACAAAGUCACCGAGGGCCGGCAGUCGGAAAUCUUCCACCGCCACGCCGAGGGCAGCUUUGACCCCAGCUGCUGCUUCACCAUUUACCACGGCAACCACCUGGAGUCCCUGGACCUGAUCACCUCCAACCCCGAGGAGGCUCGCACCUGGAUCACGGGGCUCAAGUAUUUGAUGGCCGGGAUAAGCGACGAGGACUCGCUCGCCAAGCGCCAGAGGACACACGACCACUGGGUCAAGCAGACCUUUGAGGAGGCCGACAAGAACGGGGAUGGGCUGCUGAACAUCGAGGAGAUCCACCAGCUGAUGCACAAGCUCAACGUCAACCUGCCCCGCAGGAAGGUCCGGCAGAUGUUCCAGGAAGCAGACACGGAUGAGAACCAAGGAACCCUAAACUUUGAAGAAUUUUCAGUGUUUUACAAGAUGAUGUCCUUACGUCGGGAUCUCUACUUGCUGCUCCUAAGCUACAGUGACAAGAAGGAUCAUCUCACUGCUGAGGAACUGGCUCAGUUUCUGAAGGUGGAACAAAAGAUGAAUAAUGUGACACCAGAAUAUUGUCUGGACAUCAUACAGAAGUUCGAAGUGUCAGAAGAAAACAAGAAGCAAAAUGUUCUCGGGAUUGAAGGUUUCACCAACUUCAUGCGCAGCCCCGCCUGCGACGUGUUCAACCCCCUGCACUGCCAGGUGCACCAGGACAUGGAGCAGCCCCUCUGCAACUACUUCAUCGCCUCGUCCCACAACACCUACCUGAGCGGGGACCAGCUGCUCUCCCAGUCCAGGGUGGACAUGUACGCGCGCGUGCUGCAGGGCGGCUGCCGCUGCGUCGAGGUGGAUUGCUGGGAUGGUCCUGAUGGGGAGCCAGUGGUGCACCAUGGCUACACUCUGACUUCCAAAAUCCUGUUCCGGGACGUGGCCGAAACCAUCAACAAAUACGCCUUUGUCAAGAAUGAGUUUCCAGUGAUCCUGUCCAUUGAAAACCACUGCAGUAUUCAACAGCAAAAGAAGAUCGCUCAGUACUUGAAGGAGAUAUUUGGUGACAAACUGGACUUGUCAUCUGUGAGCACCGGAGACCCCAGACAGCUUCCCAGCCCUCAGAGUCUGAGAGGGAAAAUCCUGGUGAAGGGGAAGAAGUUGCCCUGCAGCCUGGGAGCAGACGCUGAGGAAGGAGAGGUUUCAGAAGAGGACAGUGCUGAUGAAAUUGAGGAUGACUGCAAGUUAAAGGCCUGCUAUAGUAAUGGUGCAACUGAGCACCAGGUGGAAUCUUUCAUAAGGACAAAACUGGAAUCUCUGUUAAAAGAAUCCCAAAUCAGGGACAAGGAAGAUCCCGACAGCUUCACUGUGAGGGCCCUGCUGAAGGCGACGCACCAGAGUCUCAACGUUAACCUGAAGCAGAACCUGGACACAAAAGAGGGUGGAAAAAAGUCUCACGGUCGAUCAUUAAUGGGCAACUUCGGUAAACACAAGAAAGCUGCCAAGGCAGCAGCCAAACACCCCAGUGCAUCAGAUGAGGACGAGAGCCAGCAGAACCCUCCUGGGAGGGAACCAGGGCACCCCCACAGACUGGCCCGCCGGAGGAAGACGGUGAAGCUGUGCCGGGCUCUGUCCGACCUCGUGGUUUACACCAACUCUGUGGCUGCCCAGGACAUCGUGGAUGAUGGGUCCACAGGGAACGUGCUGUCGUUCAGUGAGACCAGAGCCCACCAGGCCGUGCAGCAGAAGGCUGAGCAGUUCAUGCUUUACAACCAGAAGCAGCUGAGCAGGGUCUAUCCCUCAGCCUACAGGAUCGACUCCAGCAACUUCAACCCCGUCCCUUACUGGAACGUUGGGUGCCAGCUGGUGGCCCUGAACUACCAGUCUGAGGGACGUGUGAUGCAGUUAAAUGAAGCAAAAUUCAGGGUAAAUGGCAACUGUGGUUAUGUCCUCAAACCUCAGCAGAUGUGCAAAGGCACAUUCAACCCCUACUCUGCUGAUCCACUUCCUGCCAGUCCUAAAAAGCAGCUUAUUCUGAAAAUCAUCAGUGGACAGCAGCUCCCCAAGCCUCCUGACUCGAUGUUAGGGGACCGAGGAGAGAUAAUAGAUCCCUUUGUUGAGGUGGAAAUCAUUGGGUUACCUGUUGACUGCUGUAAAGAUCAGACCAGGGUGGUGGACGACAAUGGGUUCAAUCCUGUGUGGGAGGAAACUCUCACCUUUACCAUCCACAUGCCCGAAAUAGCCUUGGUGCGAUUCCUCGUCUGGGACCACGAUCCCAUCGGGAGGGACUUUGUGGGGCAGAGAACUGUGGCCUUCAGCAGCCUCGUGCCUGGCUAUCGCCACGUGUAUUUAGAAGGACUGACAGAAGCAUCCAUAUUUGUUCAUAUAAUCAUUAAUGAGACCUAUGGAAAGAGCAAGCAGCUGAUAGGGCUGCGGGGGCUGUUCAACAAGAACCCCAAGCAGGGCUGUGCCGAGGCCGGCGGGAACUACGUGCGCAAGAGGUCCCUGGGCGAGCGGCUGCUGCGGCGCACGGCCAGCGCGCCCGCCAAGGGCAGGAAGAAGAGCAAGAUGGGCUUCCUGGAGGCUGCUGAGAUGAAGGACAGCGCAUCUGAACCCACAGACCUGAAGGACAAGGAAGGGGUCGUUCGGCGCCCGAAGCGGAGUCUGCAGGCGCGUCCUGCUUCCAUGCCCGUGGACAAGUACCUGCUGGUGGGACUGCCCUGCCCGCCUGAGGACGCUGCCCAGGAUGCCACGGGGAAGGAAAACACCUCUGCCAACAGUGAUGACAAUACAAAUGAGAAGGAAACAAACUUGAAAGAAUCUGUUUUUCCAUGUUCGGAGCAAACGGCAAAUACUUCAAAUUUGGGAUCUCAGUGCAAGAAGGAGAAUGGCCAGAAGGAUUCUGCAGCUGACUGUUUGCUACCACCUCCUCAGGAGCAACCUGAACACUUAGUUUUUGCAAGUGGUGUAACUGAAACAAAUCACCUCUUGGACUGUCAGGAAAAUAAUCUUUCUGGUGAAACUGUCCCACCAAUGCAGGACUCUGAGCUUUGCACAGGAAAACCACAAGACAAAAACUGUGUGGACACUAAAGAGGAAGAUGACACAAAGGGAUCUGACGAGGGGAAAGUCACUCUGGUGGGGGCUUCUUUUUUUCAAAAAGCAGAUACAGAGAAUCACAAAUCCGACCUCAAGAAAAGCACUGCAGCACCUCUUUCUUUGACUGACAUUCCUUCUCCCUCUGGCUCUGACAGCCCUGACUUGCACUCCAGCCUGGCCCUGCAGGACAGUGACAUUUCUCGCCUCAUAGAUGAGGUUUCUCUGGCUACUGAGAGCGAGCUGGACAGCGCUGUGUCUGCUCUCAUCGGGCAGGUGGAUGGCACAGGGGACCAAACACACCUCACCGCCGUCUCAAGCCACGGCAGCAGCAGCCAGACCUUCGGUGUGGUGGCUGCACACCCACAGGGCUUUACUGUGGGUCUAAGCAGCCCCUGUAAGCACAACUUCCCUCCCACAAAAUCCACCAAAUCCCCUUUAUUCUCCACUCCGAAUACCACCACGUUCUCCAGCACAGAGACCGCAGAGUAUUCCAUGUACACAACUAUCCAGGGGGCAACUCCAGCUUCUGAAUGUAAGACCCACAGGCAAUUAGUUUCCAUGAAAAAAUUAAAUAGUCUAGAAAGUAACUUGCCUGGCUCUCCAUGUUCUUCACCUCUUUCUUUGCUAAAUGCAAAUCCCGAAAGAAAUUGUGGAACAAAAUCUGGACUGAGCUGGGAAGGCCCUGAGUCUGCUGGUUCUUUUGCUUCCAAUAACCUCAUCUUCGAGGAGGCGCUGUUUGACCCUGUCCCUGGUGAGAACUCGGACAGCAGCAGCCUCGUGGAAGUCGAUGGGGACUCCCAGGAUCUCCUGGUAACUGCCUGCGAGUACAAAAGGGAGGACAUGAGCCAGCUGGCUUCUCCUUUGAGACUGAGGCAGAAGCAGGACACUGGGCACGGUGGUGAGAGGACCUCUGGGACCAGCACAACUGCUGGGCUCUGUGCUGCUGCCCACGCCUGCUCGGGCACCCUCAGGACUGCAGGGAGCCAGCUCCCUUUUCCCACGUGUGCAAAUGCCAGGGGUUCGUGUGCCCAUCACUCCCAUGAGCAGCCCAGCGUAACGUGUGAGGGGUCCCAGCUCAGGGCAGCCCCCCCGCUGCUCCCCAGCGCUCUGCCUUUCCCCCCUCACCCGGCCAUCCAGCAGAGCAGCCCCUGCAAGUCCAAGAGCCUGGGAGACCUGACAUCGGAGGACAUCUCCUGCAACUUCGAGAGUAAGUACCAGUACAUCAGCAGGAGCUUCAUCUCCUCGGGCAUGCGGGACAAGAAGCUGGCUGCCAUGAGGGGCCUGCGGCCGCGCUCGGCCGACGCCCUGACGGAGCAGCUGCGCAAGCUGCUGUGCCCGGAGCAGGAGGAGCCACGGCACUGCCCCGGGCAGCCGGAGCACGACUGCCCCCGGGCCCUGGUCAGGAAACUGUCCUCGCGGAGCCAGAGCCGCGUGCGGAACAUCGCCAGCCGUGCCCGGGAGAGGCAGGAGGCCGGCAGGCACAAACCCCCCGGCACGGGUGCCGUGGCCGGGGUGGUGCUGAGGAACAGACCCUCGGCGUCCCCACACGUGGCCAACAGGCACUCCACGGGCUCCUACAUCGCCAGGUACCUCGGCAGCUUCCCCGGGGAACCCGCGGAGGGCCGGGGCGUCCCCGAGGGCUCGUGCUCGGCCCUGCACCUCGGCUGCACAGACCGGUUCUACCAGCACGACUCCGUGGAGCCCAGCCCCGAGGACCAGCCCGAGAUCUACUUCCUGCUCAGGCUGUAGGUUGGAGCCAUGUGCAUCCUCAGAGUUUACAAACUGCUUCACUGAAAUGAAGGAUUUGUAGCAAGAAACUGUUUGGAGGGUUUAAAUUAUUUAGAGAUGCAAUUUCAUGCUGGUGAUUGGGCCACGAUUUAACGUGCCCUUUCCUGUCGGAGCUGAUGUAAAUAGAACCACGUUCCAUCCUGAGGGAUGUGCUGCUUUGAUCCCUGAGCGAUGAGGUCUGGGGGCUGUGCAUGCAGGGAGUGUUUGUAGCAUUCUGUGUCUGUGAUGCUGACACCUGACACUGCAGUGAGUGCAAUGGCAUUGUGUCCCUCCUGUCCUGUCCUCCUGGCUGGAAAACACUCCUGGUGAUCCCUUUUGGCCUUUUGUGCAGAUCCUGCGGAGCGCUGUGGUGUCAGGAGCGGGGCAUGGCCUUGGGCUGGGUACAGGGCUGGGGCUCGGCCCCUCAUCAGCAUCCCUCGUUCCUGCCUGCUGUUGUUGGCUGUACAUGUUGUCAUGUAUGGACUGUGAUUGCACAGCAAAUGAUUUGUAGAGCUAGGGUUUGUCCAAAUCUGUGAGUCUUGUGGAGAUUUGUCUUCUGCCUGCUCUGUGGAGUAUGACAACAGUUGUCUUCCUCUUUGCUCACCGUGUUGAAUGCUGGUUUUGGGACAGAGUGGAAUGUGGAAGUAAUUCUGCAUUAAUGAAUGAAAACACUUAAUUUCUGCGUAUUUUAUGUAUUUUUGCUGUUGGGUGUGUGUGUAGCUUUGGUGCAGUAGCCGAUCCAUUUCCUGUAUAUUUGUAAUUUUAUUGCUAAAUUGUCGAUGGUCAGGGGGAUGUUUAAAGCUGACGUGGGAGAGGGACUAUUUCGACUGCUCACCUUUUUCUGUGAAGGCUGAAAAUGAAUGAGGUGAAGGAAUCUCAGACACCUGAAGCUUCCCUGUAGGGAACAACAUAGCUUUAUUUUGGUUUGAAGAUAUUCUUUGCCUUUGCUGUAAGUUUUUCUGAUAUGUAAAAGAUGUACCUUUUACCUCUUUCUUUUGUAACGCAGAGUAUUAUUAUUCUUGAAAACGUCAUUAAAAUAGAUUUUUAAGCA